AUGACAGCAUCAUUUCUUGCAGCGUUUACUUGGCUCAAUGUAAUAGGAUACAACGGCAUAGUUUAUAUUAACCGUGAAAGCUUAGGACGUAGAAAGCGUUUCUUACUUUAUUCUUGCUAUGCUUGGGGUCUUCCAUUAUUUUCGUCACUGUUUAUCUUCAUGUUGGAUUCGAAAAAAUUUAUCCCCGACGAAUGGCUUCCUCACCUAGGAGAGACCACAUGUUGGAUUGGAGCACAAAAUGACAAUUUAGCAAAAGUUAUUUACUUUUAUGGACCACUUACUAUACUCUUGACGAUUAAUGUUAUAUUCUUCAUCCUCACUUUACGUAACUACAGUAGGGUUAAAGCGAGCAUUUCCAAAUUAUCAUCAUUCACCAGCGAUCAACUAGACAAAGCUACUAAAACUAAAGUAAGGAUCACCUUGAAGCUAUUCAUUGUUAUGGGCAUUACUUGGAUUUUUGAAGUAAUUGGAUUCUUCAGUAAAACUUAUGUAAUCAGUUUGAAUUGGCACGUUAUAAUUUUUACUGUGUUUGACAUGAUUAAUUGUCUCCAUGGAAUGUUUAUUUUUAUCUUAUUUGUGGUCAAAACUGAUGUUUAUCGCGCGUUAAUAAAAAAAUUCAACGGUCAUCGACCUCAUUUGCGAUUUCAUCGAAGAUCUCAAAAAACUAAUGACUUGAGGAAUAUUUUUAAAAAUUCAAGAUCUGUAAACUCAACCAGUACGCAAUUCCAUGGUUUAACUCAGACUCUUGUCACCGCAGCAAAUGGACAAAUUUCUGGAUCAAAUGUUUGUAAAAACUAUUUACUGCAAUCAGUUCAACCAAUUUUAAAUCAUACUUGUGGUCUAAAACACAAGGCUAUCCUUAAGCGUCGUUGUAAAGAUUGUUUUAUUUAUGCCAUCGAAGGAAGGUGGUUCGUCGGAUGUAAAACGUUUGGUAGACAUAAACAAGCUCAGAUUGUUAAAAAAGAAAAAAAUACAUGGAUGUUAACUUCCGUUUGUCAGUCUAAGAAACGCCCGUGGUGUCUAUUUAAUGAAUUUUCAAGUCAUCUUUGUUUAAGUUAA